UAAAUUUAUGACCGGGGCAGGGUAAAAAAUAAAAAUAAAAAAUCCUAGGGUUUCUGAGCGCGCCCCUUGUUGGAGUUACGGUACCAAAAUCCCUGAACCUAAGUUCCUUCCUGUUCUCCCCCCUUUUUAUUCUCAGGUUAUUUUACUUGGACUUUAAAUCCCUUCAAAUGACCAAUUUGCUUUUCUUUUUAUUGUUUUCUCUCUUGAAGGGGAGCUUCAUAUUAUCCUAAUUCUGGAAUUUCACUAGUUUUUUCAGCUCUUUGUCAUUCGUUUACAUAUGGGUCUAAUUUAUUAUAUGCGUAGGCUAUCGAAAUCCGUCGAAAAUGUUGUUAAUUGCUCCAAUAACACUCUACAAUCCAUUCACUCAGCUCACCGGAUGAAUUCUAUCUAUCCUUUACGUAGCUUAUGCAGUGACGUUCCCUAUAAAAAUCCAAUUUUUAAGCGAAAACAAGUUCUUGGAGUUAGUUGGAAUAAAUUUGGGCAUCAUCAAUCGAGAUUUCAAAUGGGUUUUCACAAAUCCUCCCAUUAUUUGGAAUCAACUAAAUUCUACGUGGAGCCUACCAUUAGCGUCGAAACCGUAGUUUCAAGUGUAAAUCAAGUUUCCGGAGAAGCUGAAAUAAUCUGCAGAGUUCUUUCAAACUGCAGUCCUGAUUCCAAUGUUGCAUAUUCUCUAGAUAAAUUAGGGGUUAGAGUUUCACCAAACCUUGUUGAAGAAGUCCUUAGGAAGCUUGGUAAUGCUGGAAUGCUUGCACUCGCUUUCUUCCGUUGGGCCGAGAAGGAAGAAGGUUUUAAGCACACCACCUUAAGCUUUCACCACUUGAUCGAAGCUCUUGGUAAAAUUAAACAAUUUAGGUUAAUUUGGAGCUUGGUGGAGUCAAUGAAACAAAAGGGUCUCUUGAGGAAAGACACCUUUGUACUCAUCACUCGGAGGUAUGCAAGAGCUAAGAAAAUCAGAGAAGCCAUUGAUGCGUUUGAGAAGAUGGAGAUGUUUGGUUUUAAACCAGAGUUGUCAGAUUAUAACUCAUUGGUCGACACCGUUAGCAAAUCUAGGAAUGUUGAGAGAGCUCAAGUGAUCUUUAAUGACAUGAAGAGGAGAAGAAAGUUCUCUCCUGAUCUCAAAACUUACACUAUUCUCCUCGAAGGUUGGGGCAAUGAGCGCAAUUUGACAAAGUUGUUGGAGUUGUAUCAAGAAAUGAUAGGUGAAGGCUUUACUCCUGAUGCUGUGACUUAUGGAAUUGUCAUCAAUUCCUUCUGUAAAUCGGGAAACUGCGACGAGGCAUUAAAUAUUUUUAACGAAAUGCAGGCAAGCGGGUGCAAGCCAACCCCUCACAUUUUCUGUUCUCUCAUAAAUGGAUUGGGUUCUGAAAAGAGAUUGGAUGAAGCACUCAAAUUCUUUGAGCUGUCCAAAUCUAGUGGAUUUGCUCCGGAACUCCCCACUUAUAAUGCUAUUGUGGGUUCUUAUUGUUGGGUUUCGCAAUUCGAAGAUGCUUUCAAAGUAGUGGAAGAGAUGAAGAAAUACGAGAUUGGUCCUAAUGCACGAACCUAUGAUAUAAUCCUUCACCAUCUUAUUAAAUCCGGGAAGAAAGAAGAGGCCUAUUGGGUUUUUGAGAGGAUGGGGAAAGAGGGAAUUUGCGAGCCUCAGCUCAGUACUUACACUAUGAUGGUUAGCAUGUUGUGUAGCGAGGAGAGAGUUGAUUUAGCUUUGAAGGUAUGGAAAGAGAUGAGCGAGAAAGGGGUUUUACCGUGUAUGCAUAUGUUUUCAGCAUUGAUUAAUGGAUUGUGCUUUGAGAAUAGGCUUGAAGAAGCUUGUGAGUACUUCAAGGCGAUGUUAAGGAAAGGGAUUAGACCCCCCGGCAAGUUGUUUGGUAAUUUGAAAGAAGCACUUCUUUAUGCGGGUAAGAAGGGUUUAGCUUUAGAGCUUGGAUUGGAGUUGGAUAGACUGAGGAGGACACCGCUUAAUGGUUAAGCCAAGACACCGCUUAAUGGUUAAGCCAAGUUGGUUAUGGGUUGAAGAUUUAAAGUGGUAGCUGAUAGCCUGAAUAGUUUUUUCCUCACUCUCUCAGGUAUUUGAUCAAGGGAGCUGAGUGUGCUUGUAUUGUUAUUACCUUGGGAAUCAUGUUCUAGUAACUCACAAAUAAAAUUGGUCCCAUGGAUGAAACAUAGUAUUCAGAAGUGAAUUGGAAUCGCUAGAAGAACUAAAGAAGGUCCCCUACUUCCACCCUCUCUUAUGAAGGGAGAAAAUUCCUCUCGACAUGAUGUAGAUGGAGCUCCUCCUACAAGCAAGCACUUCAUUGAUUCUCCUAGUUCCUAGCUGCAAGAAGUUGCAGGGGAUUAAUUUCAGUAGAUAUGGUUCGAUUUAAUCUGAAACUGAAUCCGGGAUCAGACAAAAAAAAGGUUGAAUCUGGCAAGUGAUUUACUAUAUGCAGAAUUUUUUGACUUGAGAUUGGUAUUUUUGAGGAGCGAGGAAAAUUUUCAGCUAUCAGAGAAUGAGGAUUAUUCGAGAAUUAACAGUGCAAUGUUACUCAGCUGCUCAAUGUUUCGUGUUUAGUGUAGAAAAUUAAAUUAUUUCUGAUGCCGAUAAAUUGUGAUAUUGGUUGAACCAUUGAUAUGUGGAUGUUGGUAUUUUAUCAUGUCUAAGGCUAUAAAUUUCUCUUUUUUCCUUCUCCUUUGUCAUCCUGAAACUUCAGGCUUUGCAGCUAACGGGGUUCAACAUUUCCUGUUCAACUAUUCCUUUGUCUCUUAUACUGUAACAAAUUAUAAGUCUGUGAUAAGCACGCGAGUUACGUUUUGAGCC